AUGACUUUCGCUACAGCAACUCGAAAGCUGAAGCGAGCCGCGAGAAUUAUUUUGGUGGGAGCACCAGGAGUUGGCAAAGGAACGCAAUCUGAGAGGCUUGUGAAACGCUUCCCCCAACUCUGUACGAUCGCGACAGGAGAUCUUUUGCGCGACAACGUGAAGAAUAAGACUCUUCUUGGACAGCAAGCAGAAACCUACAUGCGCUCCGGUGCUCUCGUGCCCGAUCCUCUGAUCCUCAAUCUCAUCCUAAACGAACUCACCUCGAGAAAGUGGUUGGAAACGUACGAUUCGAAUGAGAAUAUAAUCGCCGCCCUCGGGCGUGGUAACGGCUCGGCCUCCUCGGCGGUUCGUGCUUCCAACUCACCAGAUACAUCUUUCAUCCUAGAUGGCUUUCCUCGGACAGAAACCCAAGCCCGAGCUCUAUCAUAUCUUCUACCUAUAAAUCUGGUAUUCCAACUGGUCAGUCCAGUCGAAGUUAUCCUGUCUCGACUGGCAAAUAGGUGGAUACAUCUGGCUUCUGGAAGAGUAUACAACGUGGGAUUCAAUGACCCAAAGGUGGCCGGGAUUGACGAUGUGACGGGAGAGCCGCUGGUCCAACGCGAAGACGACAGUGAAGCAACCUGGCGGAAACGUUUGGGCAAAUUUGACGAGACCAGCAAGAGUUUGCUCGACUUCUACCGUGUGCAGGACGACAAGAUGGUGGUCACAGUCCAAGGGAACAGCAGCGACGAGAUCUCGCCGCAGAUUUUCGCGGAAAUUGAGAAGCGAUUUGGUCUAUAG